UUGUUUUUGGGGAUUUCGUAGUUAUGGCAAAAUUUCGUUUGCGAGUUAGAGGUUCGAAGGCUUUCAAGCCAUCUAAUGGAAGUUCUUCGAGCAACUCAAAAGUGACAAAGCAUAGGAGUGUUGCCAAGUUGACUAGGUUUAAUGAGUAAUUUUUUUUUAUUUUAAUAGGUCUAAAAGGCUGAUUGAUAUUUCCUCUUUGGGUAGUAUUAACGAUGGAUUUAAAACUAUUGAAGAUGGCGAUGAUAAGGCUUUUGAUGAACAUUUGCCAAUUGUAUGUUGCUGGUUUUGUUGUUAUAAAUAU